UGGUGCUGAGGUGGGAUUUGGUGGAAAUCUGGCAACUCUGAGUUAGCUACAGUAGCGCGGCUACACUGAGCGCGGAAUCUCAGAAACAUCUAAAUAUUCACAGUUUUAUUGAAUAACGAACAGGAACUCACUGCUUUCCCAGAUGGUCCACAACAGCAGUGGAACUAUAAAUAGAUAAAGGAAAAGUAUUGAUCUGGUGUGAAGAGCCUGGAGCAGUGCUGGGUGUGAAGAGCCUGGAGCAGUGCUGGGUGAAGAGCCUGGAGCAGUGCUGGGUGAAGAGCCUGGAGCAGUGCUGGGUGUGAAGAGCCUGGAGCAGUGCUGGGUGAAGAGCCUGGAGCAGUGCUGGUGUGAAGAGCCUGGAGCAGUGCUGGGUGAAGAGCCUGGAGCAGUGCUGGUGUGAAGAGCCUGGAGCAGUGCUGGGUGAAGAGCCUGGAGCAGUGCUGGUGUGAAGAGCCUGGAGCAGUGCUGGUGUGAAGAGCCUGGAGCAGUGCUGGUGUGAAGAGCCUGGAGCAGUGCUGGGUGAAGAGCCUGGAGCAGUGCUGGUGUGAAGAGCCUGGAGCAGUGCUGGUGUGAAGAGCCUGGAGCAGUGCUGGUGUGAAGAGCCUGGAGCAGUGCUGGUGUGAAGAGCCUGGAGCAGUGCUGGUGUGAAGAGCCUGGAGCAGUGCUGGGUGAAGAGCCUGGAGCAGUGCUGGUGUGAAGAGCCUGGAGCAGUGCUGGGUGAAGAGCCUGGAGCAGUGCUGGUGUGAAGAGCCUGGAGCAGUGCUGGGUGAAGAGCCUGGAGCAGUGCUGGUGUGAAGAGCCUGGAGCAGUGCUGGUGUGAAGAGCCUGGAGCAGUGCUGGUGUGAAGAGCCUGGAGCAGUGCUGGUGUGAAGAGCCUGGAGCAGUGCUGGGUGAAGAGCCUGGAGCAGUGCUGGUGUGAAGAGCCUGGAGCAGUGCUGGUGUGCUGGGUUUGAUUCCUGCUGGCCACCUGGUGAUCAGUCAGCGUGCAGAACCGCGCAGUGCUGAGGCACAACCGGCUUCCUAACCCCAGUGCUCUGUGUGUUGUGUGUGACAGGAGCCGCUGACCCCAUCCCGGUGCUGAUCAUGGAUUACGGGAGGCGGAGCGGACGCGGCGAUCGUAUGGGACGUGCAGAAAGCAAGGAUCACGAUUACAGAGAUGUGGACUACCGCGGAUACUCGCACGACGGUGGAUAUAACGAAAGCGACGGUUUGAGUAAAGACAGACAGCACGGACGCGGUGACUUUGAGGAGAGUCGGUUCAGAGCGAGAGGAAAUCGAGAGGGUGGAGACAGACGCCGGCGAGGCAGCGGCUUUUCAAACUCCCAUGCUCACUUCGAGCACGAGGAAAGAGACUUUCGAUUCGAGGAUGAGGACGGCGUCCAAGGACGAGACUACGAGCGCUACAGACGCAGGUCAGAAGACUGGAGGAGAGACGGAGGACAAGCGGAGGAGGAGAAAUAUUCCAGAAGUGCCAGCUCUAGAAGGCAGCAUCGCGGAUGGAGGGAUGAGGAUGGAGAGAUGAGAUACAGGGCGGAGUCGAGUGUGGAGGAGGAGGCUGAGCUGCGUGAUCAGGAUUACAGAGCUGAAGAGCAGAAACCAAGCAACAUCAUCAUGCUGAGGAUGCUCCCUCCGGACGCCACCGCCAACGAAAUCCGAGCCCUGCUCCAGGUUCAGGGGAUUCACCCCCGAGAUGUUCGACUGAUGAGGAACAAAUCCUCAGGUCAGAGCCGAGGAUUCGCCUUCGUCGAGUUUAAUCACUUGCAGGAGGCCAGCCACUGGAUGGAGACCAACCAGAGAGUGCUCACUGUUCUGGGACACAGAGUGUCUAUGCACUAUAGUGACCCAAAGCCACGCGCUAACGAGGACUGGCUCUGUAACAAGUGUGGGGUGCAGAACUUCAAGAGAAGGGAGAAAUGUUUCAAAUGUGGAGUUCCCAAAUCAGACGCUGAGCACAAACUGCCUGUGGUGCAAAAGGAUUUACCCCUGAGGCAGUCAAAGGACUCAUCACAGGGUUUACUCCCUCUUCCUACCAUCUAUCAGACAGCCACCCCUCUGCUCAACGUCUCCGCUUCGUCUCAGACCGCAGAGGCAGCAAACGACACCCUAAUCCUCAGGAAUCUGGGUCCUCACACCACACUGGAGGCCAUUUUGUCAUCUCUGGCGCCGUUCGCUACGCUCUCUUCCUCCAACGUUCGGCUCAUUAAAGACAAACAGACGCAGCUGAAUCGUGGAUUCGCCUUCGUUCAGCUCACCACCAUCGUGGAGGCGUCUCAGCUGCUGCAGAUGCUUCAGGCUCUUCAGCCUCCGCUGACCAUCGAUGGGAAAAGUGUGACUGUGGAGUUCGCUAAAGGCUCAAAACGAGAGGGCUCUGUGACUGACAGCAGCCGUGUGAGUGCAGCCACAGUAGCGAGUACAGCCAUUGCUGCGGCACAGUGGGCCGUUUCCCAGCUUUCUGCAGGAGGAGAUGUGAGCGUGUACCAGCAGGGGGCAGCAACAUCUGCGUUAGGAAUUGCUGCAGAGGCAGUCAGCUAUCAAGGGGCUGGGGCUGUUAUCAGGACGGGCCCCGUGACAAAUUCUGCCCCAGCGUUAAUCAGCACCUACGAAGGGGGGAGCGUGACUACAGCUGCUCUGGUUCCCACGGUAGCCGAAGGUGCAGCUGUCAGUUCUGCUCUCUCACAGACUCACUCACAAGUUGUCAGCACACGGCCAAACCAGGUUGAGAUUGUUGGAAAGCCUCAGCCUGCCACCCCAGGAACAGCACAUGAGUGUCAGCAGUACCCUGAUCCUGAUGUAUCCACUUAUCAGUAUGAUGAAAGCUCAGGUUAUUACUAUGAUCCUCUGACUGGACUUUACUACGAUCCCAGCUCCCAGUAUUACUAUAACCCUCACACUCAGCAGUACAUGUACUGGGACGGAGAGAAACACACCUACAUUCCUGCUCCUAAUGAUGGCGCUGAUCCUCCUGCCAUGGCGACACCCUCUGACCUCUCCACUUCAGCGAAGGACAAGAAGGAAAAACCCAAAACCAAGACAGCUCAGCAGAUUGCUAAAGACAUGGAGCGCUGGGCUAAAAGUAUGAACAGGCAGAAGGAGAGCAUUCGCUCCGCCUCCUCCGCUCUCACACAGGCUCGACUUGCAGACGAGCGCCGAGAAUCAGCCAGCGCCGACGCUGGAUACGCCAUUCUGGAGAAGAAGGGUGCUCUGUCAGAGCGGCUGCACAUUCUGGCGGAGCACAUCCAACAUCCCGAAGAAAGAGAGAGUCCUCCUCCCCUUCAGAGUGCAGCGUCGGUGUACAGAGGAGAGACGGAUGGAGAGGACGGGCGAGGAGGAGGAGGAGGAGGAGAGAGGGAGGAGAGGAUGACAGACUGGGCUAAACUGGCGUGUUUACUCUGCAGGAGACAGUUUCCCAGUAAAGAGGCUUUAAUCAGACACCAGCAGCUCUCAGAGCUCCAUAAGCAAAAUCUUGAGCAGAGGAGAGCUCGACAGGCACUGCAGGAGAGUAUGGAGAGCCAGAUGAACUAUAGGAGCGACACACCAGAUGCCAAAAAGAGGAAAUACAGCCCCAUGUGACAUCUCACACACACACACACACACACACACACACACACACACACACACACUGCACUAACAGAACCAAGAGCCAUAAUUAACACUGAGUGUUAGGAGCAUAUUCAGAUUUUUUUUCCCUUACCAGAUUAUUUCUCUCUCACACACACACACACACACACACACACACACUGCAUCUCUCUUAGUGUUCAAUAAUGCCUUCUUCAGGAAUAAGAGUCCACUGAGGAAAGUGUGUGUGUGUGUGUGUGUGUGUGUGUGUGUGUUUGAUAACUGGAAAAAAAAACUUUCACCACAGUGUGGUGUCUUUUAAAAAUCUCAGCUUUUAUUUUCAGGAAAAAAGUGUCACGUUGAUAACAAUCUGAAACAAUUUAUGGUGUGAGGACUAUUUUAGAAUUGUGGGUUUUUUUCUUUUUUUUUUCUUUUUGUUAAUUUGAAUUAUUUUUACUUUGUCAUAAAUCAGUCUUAUCAUGGACAGUGUGUGCGCAUGUUGAAGGUUGACUAAUUUCUGUUAUUAUUAAGAGAGGAAAAUAUUAGAUGCCAUGUAAGGGUUGGUUAUGAUGAUGAUUAUUAUUAUUAUUAUUAUUAUUAUUAUUAUUAUUAUUGUUGAUUACAAAAAGCCUUUUUUAGUAUCAAGAAAUUGUAGCAAUAUUUUAAUUGAUUGUUUUGUCAAUAUCUGUGAAUGGAAUGGAACAGAAUAACACUAUUUCAGAUUGUUAUAUAGUGCGAAAUGUUCAUUAAAAUUUCCUACGCUUGUGUGUGUACAAUUUCUACAGUGUCUAUGCAGCAAAAUUUGCGUUUAGUCAUUUUGGUGAAAAUGAACCCGUCUAAUCUCUGUCCUGUGUGUGAACGACUCUGUGCCAGAUUGUGUUUGUGCGUUAGUACAGAUUGGUCAUGUGCUGAUAUUCCACGUUCAAAUCACGGUAAAUCUUUUAGCGUGAUAAAUCCUCUUUUUUUAAAUUAGCUAGCAAGACAAGUGACUCGUCGAUGUUUUAUUUGUUUUACUAACAAAACUCUCCUGGUUAUUCUUACUUAGUCACACUACAACAUGUUGGGAACGAUCAUAGCAACAUGAUUUAAGUCAAAGGUACGACGAGCUAGUUAGCUGACGAAGUGAAUUAAUUCUUACUUGCGUUAAUAUAAUGUACUCGAGUAGUAGAAAUAAUCCAGAAUCAGCUGGAGUGUGUGACAUUUCGAAUACAUCAAAUCAGAUGAAAAAGCCAAAAGGAAACAAGGGCGUGUGUAGUUUCUGGUUGUUGGACAGAAGGGGAAACAGUGACGCUGACCCGUUUUCUCUCCGAGUCAUGUGCAUUUUUGUAAAUCUGAUUACGUUUUAAUGAACUGUUUUAUGAGCAAAGAUUUUAAAGCAAAAGCAGUGAUGUAUGAGUUGCGUUCUUCCUGUCAUGUUGUGUUUAUCAAUGUAAAGCAUUCUGUAAAUGAAAAAUAAAUCAUUGGACUGUGUUGUA